UCAGAGCUACAAAAUGGCUACAAUCCUUCAUAAGCAAGGUUCCGUCGUCGCUGUUUCACACGAUAUGAUGAUGGUUCGCUAUGAUGGAAAAGGUGUUCUUUUUAAGAAGGAAUUGCUCACUCGUGGAUAUAAACAUGACGAUAUAGUUCAAUUCAAUGCUAGAAAAGCUACAACUGUAGAUAUUGAAGUUGGCGAUAAGCUAUCACAAAUGGCAAACUAUGAACUCGCUUGGGUUGGCACUGAGCUUAAAUUUAUCAAACAAGGACGAAUGUUGGUUGCUGAGGGUGCAGUUAUCAAUAUUCCCGAUGAUAAAGCUCAGUAUAUGUUCGUUGACUGGAAAUAUACCAAAAAUCCGCCAACUCUUGCCAAGGCUAUACUAAGCCUUUGACAACCAAUGUAUUCGUGACUCGAGCCACUGUUCGUCCUGACGUUGAGAAGUUGACUGAAAUGUUUAAGCCGGGCCAACGUGUCAAAUUUGUUGCACGAGAGCAAGCGCCGAAUGAGAGAGGAGUCUGUUGGAGAGCCGCGUUGGCUACUGAUGAAUAUCAUGAUAUUGCGAUAGAUGUUCCCAACGCUCACGGCCGCCAAACUUAUCGAGUAAUUCCAAAAGCCGGAGUUUGUCCGCCAGCUCCCCUUCAACAACGUCCUUUAGCUCCUCCAAACCCCCAAGUUCCGUCUACUUCCGCUUGGAACAUAGCCCCCACUCCAACUCCAGUCACUGUACAGAGACCUUUGAGAAAACCGGUUACUCCACAACCAGUUAAAAGUGCAUUUCAAGCUCAGAAGCCACCACCAAUCGAUGGAUUCGACUAUUUUGAUAGUUCAAAGGAGGCUUGUGCGGCGAGAUUCCGGAACUUUGCAAACACCUACCGUAAGAACAAUCCGAAUUGCAUUUUCUCGCAGCCUUGCUUCGAAGGAGCUCUGAAAAUCAAAUAUCUCAAUCAGAUACACGAAGAAUUGACUGUCAUGCGUGAAGGAGAAGUCGAUGUUUAAUAUUUUAUCUUUAAAAUUAUUUAUUUUUUUUAUUUCGCAUCCCACGUGUAUAUUUUACCGGUAUUCAAAUCCCCCUCGGGUACGAAAUGAAUUGAAUUUUGUUAUUU